AUGCCGACUGGGCCUGCUUCCUGUAUGAAAAGCCAAGGCGAUGAUAAAAAAGCACAUAAAUCUCACAGCCCCGGUGUUCAAGAGCCGAAUCGCACGUCAAGUCGGGUCCAGUGCCCGAGCGCAACUCAGAAGUGCACGCACUUGGCUUCUGUUAAUCAAUACUUGCGACUCCCACACGGUGUACUAGAGCCGCUGGGUUGCGCCUCCUCGAACCCCUUCCCUUCCAAUCCCUCCGUCAUAAUUUUGUAUGCGAGCGGAGACAAGGAGAUCACGGAGCAACCAAUAGCCUUGCUACAAGAAUCCGACAGGCCGGAGGGUGUCGAGACUUCUCUGAAGAAGGAUCCACCAGAUCCGCCGGUUCCACGUACCACAGGUCCACCGCCACUCAGCGUCAACUCCUUCCUCACAUCCCCUAAUUCGAGUCCCAAAGGGAACAACUCCUUGGACUUUUCGAAUGACAUGGCUGUGGCUACAAGCCUCUCUGGUGGAGAGGAACACGCUGUUGUCACCAUUGGGUCCGCCGUCGGUAGCAGUACAUCGACAACCACAGCAGUAGCGACAACUUCGUCCACUACCACGGCUUCCAAAUCACCCGUUUUCACACUCUCCUCAAUGGCCGCGUCGGUGACCUCUGCUGUCUCACACGUACCUUACCCACCUGUUCCCUUAAUCUCUGACAGCCGAUGUGGUCGCUACGACUGGUCCGCGUCCGACUCCGAAGGCCCUCCCCCACAACCUACUCCAGAUGCGUCCGCUGAUGGAGCUCCUUCUUCUUCAUUCCUUCCCACAGUUUCCACGUGGAAAUCCGCACCUCCACCAUCCCAGGAAGCCGUAGCGGCAGCAGCCGAGGCGUUCAGCAUGGUGCGAAAUUGGUUUGCGAGUCCCUGUUCCCGGGCACCUGAGCAAACUUCGGCCAGUGGAACUCCCAGCCCUCUCCUGCCCCCCCCACCACCACCAUCUUCCCAAACGACACCUCACAUCCCUGCCUCCCUUUUGCCUACCUCGUCCUCGUCGUGGGGCCUCGGAUUCCCUACAGGUGGUUACCAGCCCUAUCCUGGACACCGGAGCAGCGGCUUCGUGCCCACCGCAUCUUCGGGGUCGCGGACCACACCGACGGGUGGCAGUUUUUUGCGUGGCGGCAAGAAACGCUCGCACUCACAAUCAUCAAUCAAUGAUUUGGACAUUCCUAGCCUUACACGUAGCUCGCAGGGUUCUCUCAACAUGCUUCAGGCUAUGCAAACCUCUAGAAGCGGCAUCUCUAGCAUGGGCGGCUCCUAUGGCCAUCUUUCUGCUGCCUCUCUGGGAGCCAGCCCGGUUCCAAUGUCUGGUCGGCGCGCGAGCAACAACAGUACGGACAACUCAGUGUUCGGCGGCUCACCACAGCCCGUCACUACCUCGGGUAGCGGUUUUCGGCCCACCACACCCUCCAUCCUCUACCGGAGGGGCCUGACACCCCGCGGAGUCAGUCGUGCUACCCCCAACAGCAGUGGUAGCAGUAGUGGUGGCGGCGUCAGCAGCGGCGUUGCCUCCUCCGCAGCUUUAGCUGCCACCGCGGCUAACCCCGCCACCACCUUCCUGUUCCCCUCCACUUCCGUUCCUUCCAGCGUCAGCGCCUUCCCACCUUCCGCAUUCCAUGGAUGCUCACCGCAAGUUGACAAAUCCGGUGAGGCGAAAGACACACAGAAUAACUCCGCCGUCGCGAUGGCAUUUGCGGCUGCAGCGGCUGCUGCAGUGGCUGCAAACUUCAGUGGAGGUGGGGCUGGUGGACCGGGUGGUGGCGGUAUCGGUGGAACCGUCCCCUCAUUGGGUCACCACUCGUGGCACCCCAAGGCCUGUGGUUCAAACCCGGGGUCUGCAGUAGCCACUAGUUCCUCCUCUAACGGCUCUUCACCUGCUUCUGCACCGGGUAUCGCACCGCCUCUCUUCCCACGCAAGCCCCAGACGCCAGCUAAUCCGGCCAACUUCAUGUUCUCACCACAGGCCAUGAUGCUUUACCACAAUGCCCUGCAGAAGUCCACCAAUGUCGCGGCCGCCGCUGCUGCUGCUCCGUUCUAUGCCGGACGAGGCCAGACUCAUGAUUCCUUUCAUCCACCCAAUUACGACUGGUGGCUGAGUCGCGGUAGCAACGCACGCAAAGAUGUCCCUAUUCCACCGCCUCCACCUCUGCCUUCCCAUUCUCAUCCGCAUUCUGCCAACACUAAUGGUGAUACCUGCUCCACCACUGGUAGCUCCAUGAAAGGCGAGGACCUAUCCACGUCGACAGUUGUGGCAAAAGCCAUGAAAGUGGAAAGUAGCGGCAGCGGAGGAGGUGGUAGUGGCGGCGCUUCAGUGGCAGCGCUGUUGGCUGGCGAUGAGGCUGGAUGUAGCGACUACGAGGAAGAGUUGAUGGACGAGGAUGGCAGGAUUCCUCAGGAGGGCGAUCCCGACUUUGUUGAGACCACCUGCCGGUGGGGCAGCUGUCAGUGCCAAUUUGAUUCACAGGACGAACUCGUGAAGCACAUCAGCAACGAGCACAUCGCGGGCAACAAGAAGAGUUUUGUCUGUUUCUGGCGUGAGUGCGUGCGCGGUGCCCGACCCUUCAAGGCGCAGUACAUGCUGGUGGUGCACAUGCGUCGCCACACCGGUGAGAAGCCCCAUAAGUGCAUUUCGAAGUUCUUAAGCCAGCAGUCUGCUGCUGCUGGUGGCGGUGGUAAAAAUGAAGUUCCCCUUCCCUUCCCUUCCCUUCCCUCACCCACUGCAGAACGCUGUGCUAGAGAGCACUUUACUGAACAAGAGGCAAGCCCCCAGUCAUUGACGUCACUGCAGUCGCUGGGGCAGCAUUCGCUUCCCACCUGCUAUUUUGACGGUUGCUCAAAGCGCUACUCGCGGCUGGAGAAUUUGAAGACGCACCUGCGCUCGCACACUGGGGAGAAGCCAUACCAGUGUGAAGUACCAGGCUGCAACAAGGCCUUCAGCAACGCCUCUGAUCGCGCCAAGCAUCAAAACCGCACACAUAGCAAUGAAAAACCCUACGUGUGCAAGGUUAUAGGCUGCUCCAAGCGUUAUACGGACCCUAGCUCUCUCCGGAAACACGUCAAGACUGUCCAUGGCGCUGAGGUUUACGCAAAUAAGAAGCACAAAGGUGAGAGCUGGAGUAGCCGUUCCUGUGGGGGCGGCACUGGCCUUGGUGCGGCUUUUCGGAAUUCCGGUGGGGGAGGUGGCAGUGGUGGUGGCAGCGGGGGAACUCGCGGAGGGCGCGAUGGCUCGAAGGGUCCAACAGACGGCUUCUCCUUCUUUCACGACAGGCGCGGCGGUGGUUCGCGGGGUGGUGGACGCAGCGGAGGGUCAAAAGGCGUUGGAGGUAAUGGUGGCGGUGGCAGCGCUGCUUUUGCUGAAGGGACUACCGCACUGCCCUCGCAGACUUUGAACCGCGUAAUCUAUCCUCACACCCCUCCCUAUCAGCAGAAUACUCCGGGCAUGCCAAAUCAUAACCCCCACCAUGCCUAUCCUGGUCACCAGUUCUCCCACGCCAUGACACAGCGGAGUGGCCCUGCGAAACGUGAAAAUUUCACCACCUGGGCUCCUCACCAGUAUCACGGAUGGUCUAGUGAGUGGAGCCAGACUCACGCCCGUAUCAGCGGUGGUGGUGGUGGAUACACUACCAGAGGAUGGGUCAGUCCACGCAUCAGUGGCGCCUAUCAGGAACCCCGUUAUAGUGACUGCUACGACCAUCUCAUGAGUCAACCAGCCAACAUAGAGCAUUCCGCCGCCAGGUUUGUUGGAGGUGGUGUUUUGGGCAUCAGCCGAACACGCUAUCACCACCCACAGCCACUACCAACUCAGGCGCAGUUUCGCUCCUCCUCCUCCUCCUCCUCUACUUCCGACGCCAACGCGGCAGUUGCGGCGGCAGCAGCCAUGGCGCAGGCCACCUCGUGUCCCUCCCUGGUAACUGAGGUAGAGACCUCUGCCUACGUUCAUACGCCGCUCUACACGCCCUUUAAGCCGGAGGGAGCCGGGACCGUCUUUACGAGGAGCAUACGUGGGCAAAAUCCGCACAAACCAGAGACGAGCAUGCCCUACCAAGCCCCAGUGGUGCCCCUACCCAACUCUCACACCGCUUCUGCCGGCGUCGUUCCCAGUAUGGGUGGACAGAAGUUGGACAUAGUCGACAGCUCUGCUGGGAAAGACGUUGCCUCCUCUCUUCUUUCCGGUGAACCAACAGAUCGAUGGCAGCACGUAAGCGGAGGUAGCGCAUCAUCAGGUGUUGGAUCUGGCCUAACGAACAUGACGCAGGAUAGUGGGUAUCCGGAGAGCGACCUUAGAGGCGGCAUCACCACGCCAACUACCCCUACGCCCAUCAAAGACACUUCUGCCUCCUCUUCCGUCGAGACGCCUUACCAGCGAUUGGCAGAAGGAGAGGAGAAGAUGCUUGGCUGGGGUGAGACCUCAGUUGCUGCUACUGCAUCCACCCAACCUUCCACCGGUGCGAGUCAUUUGCCUCCCGAUCAGACCGCUCAACUGAGCACAACCAGUUCGCAAGUCAGCAGCGGUCUUGGCUCCAUGGUGAGCUCGGGGACCGGAUCCAGUAGUUGCGGUGGUGGCACUGGUAGUGGUGGUGGGGAUGGCGGUUCACGCCGCAGCUGUGUUUCCACACGACCCGUCGCUUCGAGCAUGGACACGUCCUCCGUCAAAAUGCCCUUCUGGGAAGGUCGAAAUGAUUCCGAUUCUAGCUGUGUCUUUCAGCUGUCCUCCUCCUCGACGGCACAGACCACGGUUAGCGAAAGGACCGACUUCAGCCAACCGCGCAGCGGCGUUGUAUCUUCUUUCGACCCUUCUGCUGACGGUGGUAGCGUUCCAUACUCAGUCAACAGCUGGAGAGGAAAUCAAUCUGAGGCGACAUAUGCCACUCAUCCUCAAUCGAGGGACUAUGCAUCAUCAAAUUGGUCAGCCGAACAGUCUGCUAGCUACUUCACUUCAGCCGCUGGCUACUCCACAUCCAACGUUCCUGAGCAGGGUACAUCUCAACGCACUUGCCCACCUUCAGCCAGCAGUAGCAACAAUAACAGCAGUAUCAGCAGCAAUGAGUGGUCCCGUGUGUCCUACUCUGGCCAGACCUGCGGCUACCCCGACUACGGCUAUGGAGGACAGAUGCAAUCCAUGAACUACCCACUUUAUCCCUUGGAAAGUCAACCACCGGCUGUCUAUCGUGGCAGCUAUAAUGGUUGGAGUGAUGCGAACAUGACAGGCGGCAGCAGCAAUGUUGUAACUCCCACGUCCUUCAAUAAUUCCUACGCGGGACUUUUCUCCGAGACUAUGAAUUCCCGGUUAAUGGUGCAGCAGCAUCAGCAACACCAAUCUGCUUCCAACCUAGAGGAGCUUCAGCCGACUCUCUCCACCUCCUCGAUGUCAGUAGGUUUCGGUUUCAGCAGCGGUGGCGGGGUUACCACCUCUUAUGAUCCAUUGAACAGUAACCUUGUGGUCUGCAGCAUGCCACCACUGCUGCAAGCAGAGAAUGCUGCCCCUGGUCUCUACCCUGCGGCAUUCAAUUAG